AUUUCUAAAAUAGGUCCAUGAAUUAUUAGCCCAAACCCUCCUCUGUCUCUCUCUUCUUUUCUUCACUCAUGCGCAUCACAUAUUGAAACCGCUCACUGCUCUCUCUCUCGGACUCUCGCACAAACCUCUCAGUUGCACUGCUCUGUCUCUCUCGACCGCACACCAUCAACUCCCUAGACUCUCUCCCCCUAUAUCUCUUUCCAUACUACAGAACACCCACGCACCAACCAGAAACCCUCAUUCACGAAUUCCGGCGAGAUCCGCCAUUUAUCGUCGUGCUCCGCGGUUCUGCUGUUGCAACAGCAUGGCGGCGCCGCCGGCUCUGUUUCUCCCCACUGAUUUCGACACCUUGCAUGCUCUCCUUUCCGUUUUCUUCGGGCCACACAUCAAUUCAAGUUGUUUUUACUAAAAUUGGGGUGUGAAUUCAUUUUAUCUUCGAUUAAGAAGAGAAAAAAAAAAAAAAAAGUAGAUUCAAGAAAAGGCAUUUAUAGAAUAGCAAUCAUCAAUGGGGAAUGCAGUUGGUUCGAUUUUCUCUGGAGUUGGUCAAGUUGUUGGAAAUAUUUUCGGCCAUCCUCUUGAUUUCCUCUCUGGAAAAUCUUGCAACUCAGUAUGUGCUCCAACAUGGGAUUUCCUCUGUUACAUCGAAAACUUCUGCGUGGCACAGUUGUUGAAGUUUGUGAUGGUCGCAAUCUUAGUCUACUUUGUGCUGUUGUUCUUUUAUCUAUUGUUCAGCUUGGGAAUCUGUCAAUGCAUUUGCCGCACACUUUGUCACAUUAUAUGGGCCUUUUUCUCUAGCUACUUCUCAGCACUGCACUGCUGCUGCUCCUACUGCUAUCUCAAGCUUCAAUCUGUGAAGCGGAAUGGGAGGCAGAGGCGGAGGCGGAGGCGAGAUGUGGAAGCACCAAGCAGCAGUAGUGGUGGUGGUGGUGAGGAUGUGUAUGAAGUAGGAGAAGUGCCCACAUCCCGACCACCUAGGAGGAAUGUUGAGUGUAAGAAGAAGAGGUAUAAAGAGGAACAUUUGAGGAGAUCUUUGAGGCCUAAUUCUCAUCGAGCUGCCCUCGAGUUGUCUGGGAAUUCUCAUCAUUUGCAUAGGGUGAACACUUUCAAGAAUGUUGAUGAUCAUAUUCGAGUAACUAGGACUUCCAAAUUCUCUCAGAAGGGGGGAUCUAGACAUAGGGCUCGGGCUCGUCGUGGGAGGUGACACCGACUUUUUCAUUUUAUUUUUACACAUGUAUUAUUAUUUUGUAUUGGAAAAUAAAGAAAAUUGGUUAAGAUGAAA